AUGUGGACUAGGUUCCUGCUGCAUACUAGCCAAAAGCAGUACUGGGCCCCACGUGAAUCGCGAACCCUAGUGUCACCUCGGGCACCUACGCGCACCUCCCCUUCCUCCCUCCAUCCAUCGUGGCUGAAGAAGCCUUCAAUUGCGUGGGACUUGAGCACGCAUUCGACGCCGAAGAUCAUGUUGACGUCGCAUGCUUCGACGAUCCCGGCUCCCUCUUCUUCGACUGUGACCGGCAGCCGUGCGCUAAUCGAACCCCACGCUCCAUCACUGUUGAAGACGGACGCUUUGUGCCCAUCCAAUGAGUCCACCACCCCCUUGGACCAGAUCUCAAAUACGCGUCCCGAUCUGUCUCCCGCCACGUCACUCCCGUCGCAUCGUGUCCCGCCUCCCCGGGCACCCACAUCCCCCAACCUGUCACCAGUACAGGUCAAGCGCGAGGAGACCGACCCCGAUCUCCCUAGAAGAACUGAGGCAGUCGCACAGCCUUCAGCGGCCCCUCAAGCGAUCCCCCAGCCCUCCUUGGGGCCGUGGUUGGAAAGGCCUCCCAAGACCGAGCCCAGCGACACUCCACCGCAUUCUUGGGCUGGCUCAUCGUCAGCGGUCACCACCUCGCCUUCAGUCCCUAUCUUACGUAACCCCGCCCCUGGGCUUCCUCCAUUGCCUCCACCACCGUCGCCGCCGCGAGGCCGCACAAGCACUCGUUCCUCGCGAAGUUCGCCCGGCGGACAGUCACAACAGUCGCCUUCGCCCGGCGGACAGUCACAACAGUCACCUUCGUCCGCGGACAGUCCUCCGUCCCCCUCGUCGCUGGUAAUGUCGUCGCCAGCACCCCCUUCCGAUAAGGAGAUGUUGAAGCUUCACCUUCCUCUCCGAUAUGAUGGCAAAACGGUCGUCGAGUGCAACCGCUUCAUCUCCCAGUUGCUCAUUUACUGGGCAAUCAAUACGACCCUCUCCACUGUCAAGUUGAAGGUCCAAGUUGCCCUCAGCCUCCUCGAUGGUGACGCGCGAGCCUGGGCCACUCCCAUCUUUGCCCAGCUCGCCGCUGUCCAGAUUGGGACUCAGGGAUCCAUGACUCCGUUCACCGACGAAGCAGCCUUUCUCACGGCAUUCAAGGCUCGCUUUGGAAAUCUCGACAACACCGCCGCUGCACAGGUAGAGCUCACCAAGCUCUGCGCUGACAAAACUGUGCGCGAGAAGCGCACCGCCGCAGAAUUCUCUGCACUGUUCAAGGGUCCGGCGGACCGUUCCGGGUAUGGGGACCUGGAACUACGCGACAAGUACCUGAGCGGUAUCCCCUCCCGCGUCUAUCGCAAGAUUGAGCUCGAGACCUUUGCCACGUGGCAAGCCGCUGACAAGUGCGCCACCGAGGUCGAGCAAAUCCUCGAUGUCAGCCAGGCCCGUCGGCCCGAGCUAAACAAUUUCUUCUCGACUCGAGGCCGAGGACGUGGAGGGGCACGUGGUGGUGCACCUUGA